AUGCUUUUGUUUACAAGCAUACUACUUGCAUUACUUCUAAUUAUAAUUGUUGCUUAUUUAUGGCAUAUUCGACCAGCAUAUGAAUUUUUCAAAAAACUCAAUAUUCCUGGUCCACAACCGAUUCUCUUCUUUGGCAAUUUUCUAGAUUUUAUCAAAAGUAGACGAUCAUCUUUAACUAUUAAAAAAUGGACAGAAAAAUAUGGUCGUAUUUUUGGUUAUUUUGAAGGACAUACACCAAUUUUAGUUAUAUCUGAUCCAGAUAUAUUACAAGAUGUUUUUAUUAAAUCAUUUUCAAAUUUUCAUUCUCGUCGUUCUUUUCCAUUAGCAGAUCAAAAUGCAAAACUAGUAAAUAUGUUUUCUGCAUCAGGACUGCGUUGGAAACGACAAAGAUUUAUAAUUAAUCCAACAUUUUCAUCGGCUAAACUCAAACAAAUGACACCACUUAUAAAUAGAAGUAUUAAUAUGCUAAUGAAAAAAAUGUCCGAACAAUAUAAUAAGGGUCAACCAUUUGAUAUCUAUGCAUAUUAUAAACGAUUUACUAUGGAUACAAUUUGGUCAUGUGCUUUUGGACUUGAUACAGAUAUGCAAAAUAAUAUUAAUAAUCCAUAUUUAAUUCAUUCUCAGCAAUUAUUCGGCGAAAAAGUCAAUGUUCGAUUAAUUGUUCUUAUAGCAUUGUUUAUUAAUGAAUUGAAUAAAUUUUGGAGAAAAAUUCAUUUAUCAAUAGGUGCAAUUAGUUAUUGGUGUCGUCAUUAUAUUCCGAUAACAAAACGAUUCAUUAAUGAAGAUCCUCCAACAUGGAUUAUGAAACAAGCAUAUAAAAUUAUAGAAAAACAUCAAAAAGUUGGUCAAACAAAUCGUACUGAUUUAUUACAAUUGAUGUUUGAGUCAGCAUCGGAUGAAGAAUUAAUUCAAGAUAGUCGAGCAACUGAUAUUACCAAUGAAGAAACAGAAAUUGAACCACCACUCAUUCGAAAACUUACUAAACAUGAAAUUGUAUCCAAUAUUUUUCUCUUCAUGAUUGCUGGUUAUGAAACAACAAGUACAGCACUUAGUUAUAUUACUUAUAUUCU